GCCAGCUCCCCGGCCAAAGCCCGAGAGCUCCUCGGGAGAAUAGGAUGUGUAAAUGGAGCCCGCGAGAAGCGCCUUCGUCCCGCUGCUCCUUUGCUCCGUGGUCUCCGCCGUCUCAGGAGUCCGCUCGGCGCUGGUGAGCAUCCCCUCCGUCGUGCACGGCACCUGCGGCGAGCGCCUCCUGCUGCCUGUUGAGUACCACUUCGACGUGUGGCCCAAGGACCUCCAAGGCACCUGGUAUUUCCAAGGCGACUCCAGCGAUAUGGUCAUGCUGGUCACCUUCUCGUCACACACGCUCAUCAUGAACAUGGUCUACAACGGCAGCGUCUCCAUCCAUCCCCCGAACGCAUCGCUUCUGAUAAACCGGCUAGAUGAGACGGCUGAGGGCUGGUACCGCCUGGACCUCAAUUUCAGGUUCCCUGGUGUCGACUCCCCGGUGUUGGAGAAGAAGGUAGUCCACGUGUUUGCUCACGUGCCGGUGUCCGUGCCAGUGAUAGAGAUGAGUCCCGGUUCCGAAGUGGUCGAAGACAAGGACAACGUGACGCUCAGGUGCUCCGUGAAGACGGGCUCCAGGGCCCAGUACCUGUGGCUGAAGGACGGUGUCGUCGUGGGCGCCGGCGAGCGCCGCACGCUUUCGCGCGACAACGGCACCCUCGCGAUCAGCCCCGCGACAAAGGAGGACAUUGGCGAGUACGUCUGCGUGGCGAGGAACUUCAUCGGCCGGGAGCGGAGCCGGCCUCUUCCCCUGCGCGUGUUCUACGGCCCCUAUAACCUGGAGGUCAGCUCCCAGCAGGGGCUCAAAACGGGAGAAGUGUUCAUGGUGGACCCCGGAGAACCGGUGCUCUUCGAGUGCUGGGCCGACUCGGACCCGCCCAACAGCUGCGUGUGGAUCUCCAAAAGCAGCAACUCCUCCAGAGUCAUCACGGGCUCCCGGUUCGAGGUGAUGUCCAACCGGCUCGCCCACAAGGAGGACUUUGUGUGCCGCGCCUUCAAUAAUGUCACGCAGAAGCAAGACGAAACCCAGUUCACCCUGGUGGUCGCCAGCCUGGGUACCGGAAAGAAACAAGAGUUUUUACAGGCUGGAAGCUCUGUGUCGCACCUGGCUGCCAUCACGGUCUCCUCCCUGGUCAUCAUCGGCUGCAUGCUGCUCGUGAUCUUCAGGAAGAGGAGCUGCUGUCCACACAGAGCAGUGAUGAUGAACAUUUACAACAGGCCCCUGACGGAGCCCAAGCGAACGCACCUCUCAGGUCAUGAAGAUGCAACUGAAGACUUUGGCAUUUAUGAGUUUGUCACCAUCCCGGGUAAAUCGGACUCAACGCAGGCGUCGAGCCGGUCGCUCGCAGGCCUCAAUUCGGUCCAGGAUUUGCACACCACCAUCUACGAUGUCAUCAGGCACAUCCCCGAAACGCCCACGCAAGGGCUGCUCAAGUAGAGACCGCCAGGGAGCGCCCCUCCCUCUCAAGAGGAAGCUUUCGCACCGCGGCGCCUGCGAGGACGUGGGGGUCCCUUCCCGACGGGCCCGCCCUGCUCCCGCCUCGAACGCGGCUACCGCUGAAAGGCUUUCCCUGGAACUUUCCGGAAUAAAAUGCACAGCCGCGUGUCCUGUUCCCCUUUUUUGCCUUGGCUGAUUAACGCAAUUUUUAACAUUUUGCAUUUUUUGCCACUCUUUGGCCUAUUUAAAUUUUUUUUUUCAGUUUUGGCCCCGGAUACAUUUAUUUAUUUUAUUGUGUUGCUCAUCGUUUAUUUGCUGUAAAGCUAUUAGCACAAGAAGUUCAUCCCAAGAAAGAGACCGGGGAUGCUGUAAAACUAGUGCACCGGCAUUGGCGUUUGCCACUAUAUUUCCAAAAGACGCGUCGGUGCUUCACACACACCGACAAGAAUAAGUGACAUCCUGUGACAUCUCUUUAUGUUUUUUAAGUUUGCAUUAUUCUGUUUCAUGAGCAUGGUGGAUUUAAUUUUGAAACGGGCUUUCAAACUUUUGGAUCACUGCACAAUUAGUUUUAGAAAUAUAUAUAUAUAUAUGUACAUUUUGUAUUUCAAUAAAGAAUUCUAACAACGUAUU